AUGCCGCGCACACCAGGACGCAGCGCGGCUCCUCCUGUCCGCGCUUCGGGGCAGCGGGCUCCAGCCCGGAGCCCCAAGUUACUGCGCGCCUCCUCACACGCGGUCCCAGACACACAGCGCGGACCCGCUCCCCAGUACAACCGAGCCCACCCCAACCCAGCCCACCCCGCGCCGCCUCCCACCGGCCCCGCGUCCACCCCCCGCCGCGGCCGCGGGACCCCGAGCUCCGCGGGGCCGGAAGGCUGCCGCGGCGCCGCGCGCUCGCUCACCUCGGGCGUGGGCCGGGGUAAAUGGCGAGGCGGCUGUCAACGGGCGCCGCGCGAGGGGAGCCCGCGCCCCUGGCGGCGAGGCGAAGCGAGGAGAGGCGAGGCGAGGCGAGGCGAAGCGAAGAGCCGCACCGCCCGCCCCGCGCCCGCCGGGGCCGCGCCGCCCUGGCCCGCCCGCUGCCGGGGUGUGGCGGCGCCCCCGCCCCGCGCCCACGGCCGGAGCCGUCCCACCGCGGGGCCGCUGAGGCGGCGCAGGGCCCUCCCCGCGCCCCGCCGGGGUGAGACGGCCCGGCCCCUGGAACCGGGGACCGGUGGCUCCCUGACACCUCCCAGUCGGCCCGCGGCCGUGGAGGCUUCAAUGAUCUCAGCUCUCCAGUGCCCGACCGCAGCCAAACUUGGCGUAUGCAUGGGUGUUCCUCGUAAUGAGUAA